AUGGGGGUGAUAAGGAAGAAGACCAUAUCGCGUGGGACCGAGGGUGGACUCAAGUAUAUCUGUGAUAUAUGCUCCGCCGAUAUCACUGCCACUGUUCGCAUACGCUGCCACGUCUGCACCGACUACGAUUUAUGUGUGCAAUGCUUCAAGGAUGGAUCGAAGUCACGCGAUCAUGAUCCUGCGACCCAUGAAUUCCUGGUGAUCGAACAGCAUUCAAUCCCAAUCUACGACAAAGACUGGGGAGCGGAUGAAGAGCUUUGCCUCUUGGAAGGAGCAGAGGUAUACGGACUUGGCUCCUGGGCUGAUAUAGCCGACCACAUUGGGGGCUAUCGGACAAAGGACGAAGUCCGCGACCACUAUAUCAAGACCUAUGUCGAUAGUUCAAAAUUUCCAUUACCAGAGAAUGCGGAUCCCGGCGAUAAGCAUUUGUCAGAGGAGGUACCGCGGGAGAUGUUCCAAGCACGCAAGAAGCGGCGGAUAGAAGAACGAAGAGAGGAAGCCAGAUCAGCCCCACCAGCGACACCUAAGCAGAAACCUACGGCAAGCGUCCCAGCAUGCCACGAAGUCGCUGGGUACAUGCCUGGCCGCCUCGAGUUCGAGACGGAAUUUGCCAACGAAGCCGAAGAAGCAGUUCAGCAUAUGCAAUUUGAUCCCGGUGACGGCCUGAACCCGCGGAACGGCGAAGUCGAGCCAGAAAUGGAAUUGAAAAUGGUAGUAAUGGACAUAUACAAUGCACGUCUGACUUCGCGAGCCGACCGGAAAAAGGUGAUAUUCGAACACAAUUUGUUGGAAUACAAGAAGAGCGUCGCGCUUGACAAAAAGAAGACAAAAGAAGAAAUAACGCUUGCUAACAAAGCCAAGCCUUUUGCGCGAAUAAUGAAUCACGCCGACUUCGAGGCUUUCACAUCGCACCUCGAGUUCGAACAUAACCUCCGUCAAGCUAUCGCCCAGCUACAGGAUUGGCGCCAAAUGCGCAUUGGCGACCUCAAAACGGGUGAAAAGUAUGAGCAAGAGAAACAAGCGCGCGCUGCACGUCCAGCUCCUACAGGAGCGUUCGACCGCCAAGCAGGCGUGCGUCCGGAGAAGAAGAGUGAAAAAGAAUCGAACGUCAAGGCUGCUGUAACCCUUGAACUUACGGCGCCGGAACUGCCCGAGCGCCUGAAGCCGAUACCUCCAAACCCUGUGCCACCUCCAUCGACAACAGCUACAACAAAUGGCGUCCAUCCGAAAGGGCCCCUCACGAAUGGCACAUCAAAUACGGCCAAUAUUCCUCCUCCACAGCAUGAAAAGAAAACUCGCUAUUCUGUACCGCCAUUGAAUGGCACCGCCCCCCUAAAAUUAACCAGCGAAAAUGCGACGGACCUGCAUCUGUUAACCAAUGAGGAAGCAGAGCUGUGUUCCGUCGUGCGAUUGAUGCCAAAGCCAUAUUUAGUCAUUAAAGAAACGGUCUUGCGGGAAGCCAUGAAGAAUGGAGGUGCGUUAAAGAGGAAGACAGUUAGGGAGCUGUGUAAGAUUGAUUCUUCGAAAUGCGUAAAGCUUUUCGAUUUCUUUGUGCACUCGGGCUGGAUUGUGAAGGCCUAG